AUGGCUUCCGAACCAAAUAAAACAGAAAUCCUCACCAUUUUCAAGCGAUUAAGAUCAGUUCCGACAAACAAGGCGUGUUUCGACUGUGCAGCCAAGAACCCAAGCUGGGCCAGCAUCCCAUACGGCGUGUUUCUGUGCAUCGACUGCUCCGGAAUCCACCGUUCUCUCGGAGUUCACCUCAGCUUCAUCAGAUCCACCGAGUUGGAUUCCAACUGGAACUGGUUUCAGCUCAGAUGUAUGCAGGUUGGAGGCAACACAAAUGCAAUGGCUUUUUUCCGCCAACACGGCUGCACCACGAAUGACACCAAUGCCAAAUACAACAGCCGUGCGGCACAAAUGUACCGCGAAAAGAUUCGGCAGCUCGCCAACGCUGCUUUGUCCAAGUACGGGACUGACCUGUGGAUUGAUUCCUUGUCUGGAGCCGGUACUCUCGCUCCAGAGAAGAAAGAGGCAGACUUCUUUGCCGAACACACGCAGAUUCAGAUUUCUAAUGACUGGAACAUGGCUUCUCCCACGGAACCCGAGCAUAAUGAUGCCUCCCUUUCCUCACUGCAGACUGACCUCAGUCCAAAAGUGCAGGAUGACCCUCAGCCAGAAGAGGGGCCCAGUAUCGACGGGUUGAGCACGUCUCCAAAAACCUCCAUUGAGUCAUCAAUGCGUUUGUCAGCAGAACAAAGCCCAGCCCCUCUGGAUGUCAAACCUUCGAUCAUCGGAAAGAAGAAGCCAAUGGCUGCAAAGAAAGGGCUGGGGGCAAAGAAAGGCCUGGGCGCGCAGAAGGUGAGCAGCAAGAGCUUCUCGGAGGUGGAGAAAAUGGCUCAAGUCGCAGAGAAGCAGAGAGAGGCGCAGGCAGCUGAGGCCAAGAAGCAAGCGGAGGAGUCCAUCGUCGCCUCAAUGCGUCUGGCGUACAAAGAGCUGGAGAUUGACCGGAAAGUGGAAGAGAAGAAGUUUCAGAGUCUGGAGGGGAAGAAGAGGGAGCAAGCGGAGCGGCUGGGGAUGGGCUUCGGGAACAGAAGCGCUGUGUCUCACUCGGUGAUGUCAGAGAUGCAGGUUAUCCAACAGGAGAGUCCAGUCGGCGCAAAGACCUCAUCGAGAUCCAAACUGGACCUGUUUGACGAGCCAGGCUUUACCUCCGGGCCUCCCAAGUAUAAAGAUAAUCCGUUCUCCAUUGGUGAUUCCUUUGGCUCUCGGUGGGAAAGUGACUCCGGGAGCGGAUCGUUCACCGCGUCUUGGGCUUUGGACAAAGAGGAGCCCAAAGAAGAAGUGACCAUCUCCAGCAUCCAGCCAAUCGGAGAGAGGUUGCCCAGCAGGAGGAAAGCUGAAGCCAUCUCCCCGGUUUCCGAGUCCAACGAAGCUCGGCAGAAGUUUGCAAACGCCAAAGCCAUUUCUUCCGACAUGUUCUUUGGACGAGAGAGCAGCGCAGAGUACGAUGCAAAGACAAGACUGGAAACAAUGUCUGGAAGCUCAUCCAUCAGUUCUGCAGAUCUGUUUGGAGAUGGAAGCAAAGCGCGGUCGCCUGGUCUGGACGGUGUUCUGCCCUCAGGUCCUGACAUCACUCAGUUUAAACAGGGAGUGAAGAGCGUGGCAGGAAAGAUGGCUGUACUCGCCAACGGAGUCAUGAACACCAUCCAGGAUCGUUAUGGCUCUUACUGA